UAUGGGUUAGAAGCUCAUAUGGUUAAGUUGGUCAGGACGGAGGGAGGUAGCACGCACACGACCUUAUAAUAUAUAGAACUCUAUUUCAAUGAAUGACAGAUUCUAACAUGGAAAGUCCCUCUGUUGCUCAGUUUAAGAAACCAGAGAGAAACACGGAGAGUCCGUCUGUUGCCCUGACUAGAAAACGGGAGAGAAGAAAGAAAUCUGUGAUACCGUUCUUAAAGAAACCAAGGAAACCUGCCGGGAUGCCGGAGGAGCAAUUCGAAGAAAUUGUGAACACCUUUUACCUGAUUGACUCGAAUGAAGAUGGCCGACUGUCAAAGAAGGAGCUGAAUGACGCCGCCUUUCUGAUCGGUCUGAAUCCUACAACCAAGGAGCUGGACGCCUGGUGGAAGGAGGCCGAUAUCAACGGGGAUGGAUUCAUCUCAUUGGAUGAGUAUGCCAAGGUCAUGACCUCAAAUUUCGUGUCAAUCGACAUCGAGCGGGAACGGAUGAAGGCGGCCUUUAAUCUUCUGGACCGGAACAACGACGGCCGGAUAUCGCUAAGCGAGUUCCGGGUCGUCAUGAUGUACAACAACAACGAGAUGACGGAAGAGAAAGUGGAGGAACUGUUCAAAGAGGUGGACUCCUCGGGCAAAGGUUACCUGGAUUACGAAGAUUUCAUCAACAGUCACAUUUGUUCCGUCGUCUUUCAAUGACUUUGUUUACGCCAUGGAGAUUGUGUGGCGGUCGCCAUUAUAAACGUGGAAAGGAAUGUUCAAGUUACGCUGCAAUAUUGUUUAACGAUUGCUUAUUACAAUGUGAACUUUAUACUUUAACUGAAUCAUAUAUUUUAUCAAUAUCUAUGUGCCUCAUGUAUUACUAUAGGAAAAUAAAUGAGUAUGUUUCGUUUU